AUGAAGGUCAAGGUCUUAACAAGGAAUCCGGAUGAUUAUUUAAGAGAGACUAAGCGAGACAUUUUUAAAGUUCCUAGAAACUACGAUCCAGCAUUACAUCCAUUUGAAGCUCCGAGGGAGUACACCAGAGCAUUGAAUGCAACUAAGUUAGAAAGAGUUUUUGCAAAGCCGUUUAUCGGGAAUCUAGAUGGUCAUAAAGACAGUGUGUCUUGUUUGUGCAAGCACCCUGGUCGCUUAUCGAUACUUCUGAGUGGAUCUUUUGAUGGAGAAGUCAAGAUAUGGAAUCUGCCACAGAAGACAUGCGAACGUUCUAUUCUAGCUCAUGAUGGUGUUAUUCGAGGGAUUGCAUUUGAACCUAAGGGUGAACGCUUUAUGACAAUCGGAGACGAUAAAACGAUAAAAACAUGGAAGGCUGAAAAGGAUCAAUUUGAAGAAGAUGAACCUAUAAAUACCAUCAUAAGCAAGACAGUUCUGUCAGGAAUUUCACAUCACCGAAAGAAACCCAUGUUUGCUACAUGUGGAGAAAUAUGCCAGUUAUGGGAGGAAACACGAAAUGAGCCAAUUCGUACAUUUCAAUGGGGUGUUGAUAGUCUUCAUGAUGUUAAGUUUAAUUUAGUACAAAGUAAUUUGUUAGCUGCAUGUGCCAGUGACCGCGGCAUAAUAUUGUAUGACAUACGAGAAACAGGGCCACUACGAAAAGUAAUUAUGAAACUGAGAACUAACAAACUCUCAUGGAAUCCCAUGGAAGCUUAUACUUUCACCUGUGCCAAUGAAGAUUACAAUUUGUAUACCUUUGAUACUCGUAAGAUAAGAACACCUGUAAAUGUCCACAUGGAUCACGUGGCUGCUGUAACGGAUGUAGAUUAUGCUCCAACUGGAAAGGAAUUUGUGUCAGGAAGUUAUGACAAAUCAAUUCGUAUAUUUGAAGUAUACAAAGGUCACUCCAGAGACAUUUAUCAUACAAAACGAAUGCAAAGGCUUACAAGUGUUGCAUGGUCCCUUGAUAACAAAUAUAUAUUAAGUGGUAGCGACGAGAUGAACAUUCGAGUGUGGAAAGCUCGAGCUGCUGAAAAAUUAGGAGUGCUAAGACCUAGAGAAAAAGCAGCACUAAACUACAGCGAAGCAUUGAAGGAGAAAUUUGCGAGUCAUCCACAAGUGAAACGUAUUGCACGGCAUCGACAGGUUCCAAAGCACAUUUAUAAUGCAAAAUCAGAGCUACGUACAAUUCGAGAAAAAAGCAAGCGCAAGGAAGCUAAUAGGCGUGCUCAUUCCAAAAAGGGAUCUGUACCGUUUGUUUCUGAACGUAAGAAGCAUUUGAUUGCAGAAAAACAAUGAUGGUUAAUAAACAGAACGUACAAUUACCUCCUCGCGUCACUAACAUUUUGUAACACAAAUUGAAUGCAAUAAUAAAAAAAGAACGAUUUACUUUCAUGAAUUUCAUACGGCUGCAUUUUAAGUUGCACAUCAGUAAGCUAUAUUUUACGACAAGGAGAUUACUUCCACAAAACUGUUGUGUUGUAUAAAUAUAACCAAGCAGGACUUUAAUUUGUAAUAAAUAAUUUUAUUAUUUUGAAAUUAUACA